AGCUGUGUCUAGUUUAUAGUUAGUUCAGUGGAAGUCCGGCAUAGGUGACGUGGUGUACGUACGGACUUAUAAGGAAGCACGUGUAUCCUCUGUUUAUCGCGAAUACUUCCUCUAUCUGAGGCGGCAGCAGAACCCCAUCAGGCUAAGCACCGUUUGCGAAGAAAAGAAAAGAACACAAAAGAUUAGACUAAUGUCUUAUCGUUUCGUUCCCUGCCUUUGUACGUACGUAGAAAUAUAGCCUCAUACACAGUGCCACGUGCAAUAGAAUGCAUUUAAGAGAAAGGGAAAAGAAAACGAGUGAAAUUGAAUUAAAGAAGAACGGGCAGAUGGAAUAAAAGGCAAAAGAUACCCGGGAUAAGUGAAUGAAAAGAGAAAAUUACGUUUCUGCUUAAUGUACCUAAACAUUUCUUAUGUUGCGCUUAAGUGAAUGGCAGUCAUUAAUUUUAAGAUGUUUUGCUAGGUGAAAUACAGUAAGAGAUACUAGAACACUAACAUUUUGGAAUUUGUUUUAAAUGUUUUAUUAAAUGUGAGGAAAACAGUGUGAAAACUAAAAAAAAAAAAAAAAAAUGUCUCUCGGCCAAAGUGAAUCCAAUUACUAAUUGGUGAUACAAUCCUUGCACUGAAGUGAUUCCGUGUUGCAAAAUAGCUUCAAUAAUCGUGUUAUGAAAAAGUACAGAACCAUUUCCCUGCAGAACGAGACGGAUUUUUCUUCUAUUAUCCCACCAUUUUUCGUUUUCUCUUGACUCCGAUUGCCUUUUGAACUUCUCUCGACCGGAAAUGGAGGGACCUAUGAGGAUGUCCGACGUGCUAACCAACUCACAGCCUCAUAAUAACUACAACACACUAAACAAUGAGGAGAAUUCUUCAGGAUCGCCCAAUGAAAGCGGCUUCAUGGUUAACAAACGUGCUAUGUACGAGCCCGGGGCAGUGAUGGUGUGCUCCCAAAAACGGGCUUGCUGUGUCGUCACCCUCGGGUUCGUUGCCAUCAUCGCUGUCGCCCUCAUUGUAGCCUUCACUAAGCCAGGAUGCCCAGAGGCUACUUAUACAGGAGAGCCGUUGCCAGGCCAGAGCAUCCGGCCAACAAGCUCUCCCCCUACAACACCCCCUACUGCCACCAAUGGAGAGCUGUUCCCAUGGACCAGUGUUCGAUUACCAACACACGUUAGACCUUUACACUAUGACCUUAGUCUCCAUCCUAAUUUGACUAGUAGAUAUGUCAAAGGUGAAUUAACCAUCAAGUUAACUGCAAUAGAAGAAACACAACAGAUAGUCAUCCAUGGCCAUGACCUGAAUGUAACUUCAUAUAAGCUCCACAACAAAUAUGAAAAGCCAAUCGGUAUCAGCAAGUUCCUCGAGUAUCCUGCCCACCAACAGCUAUAUCUCAAGCUGGAUGAGAUUUUACGUCGAGGAAGCAAUUACACGCUGCGGCUAAGUUAUGAAUUCACCCUGAAGGAGGGACUUGAGGGAUUUUACCUGUCAUCCUACAAAACAGCCAAUGGAGAGAAAAGGUAUAUCGCUACCACCCACUUUGAACCAACUGCAGCACGUGCAGCUUUCCCCUGCUUUGACGAGCCACAGCUGAAAGCCAAGUUCCACCUGAGUAUUUACCGAGAACCCCACCAAUUUACCCUUUUCAACAUGCCGCUACAGACAUCAGUCAAAGCAGAGGAUUCGGACUUGAUUCUUGACCAGUUUCAAGAGAGCGUGGAAAUGAGCACAUACCUUGUAGCUUUUGUAGUAUGCGAUUACGACCACGUGACCAACAAAACAAGCAACAAUGUUAGUGUCUCAGUCUACGCUCCUCCUAUGAUGAUAAGCCAAGCCAGUUAUGCUCUACGUAUGGCCACACAGAUCCUCGACUUCUAUGAGUCUUUCUUUGGGGUUCCGUAUCCCCUCCCCAAGCAAGCUAUCCUAACCCUUCCUCUGAGUCAAAGUAUCCUCUGCAGGUGGAGUGACCUAUGGCUUAAUGAGGGUUUUGCAAGCUUCAUGGAAAACUUGGGAACAGGUGUUGCUGAACCAGGCUGGGCCAUGCAGGAGCAAUUCAUAGUAGAGAAGAUGCAGCCAGCCCUUUCCCUAGAUGCACUCCUGGCCUCCCACCCAAUCUCAACCCCUGUGGAUGACCCUGCACAGAUUGAAUCCAUAUUUGACACAAUUUCAUAUAAAAAGGGUGCAUCCAUUAUUGGCAUGCUUGAGUCCUUCAUUGGGCAGGACAUGCUGAAGGCAGGAUCUGAUAUUUACCUUGAGGCCCAUAGCCCUGACAGUGAUACUCAAGAAAUCGCGGCCAUGAUAUCUCGAUAUGUUAAGGGAAUCAUGGACACGUGGACCCUCCAAGCUGGGUUCCCGCUCAUCAGUGUCGGCUUGGAGGAUGGACUCGUGACAGCUAGCCAAGCACGAUUCCUAGUGUGUGAGGAGAAUGUGACUGACCCCAAUGAACCCCUCAACUCCACACUGGGAUACAAGUGGCAUGUUCCCUUAACCUAUGUUACCAGUGCCAACCCGAAGAAUGAGACAAUGCACUGGAUGAACUUGACAGAUGUGGAAUUUGAAGUGGGCAAGGAGGUCAAAUGGAUAAAGUUCAAUGUUGGACAACGAGGCUUCUAUCGGGUCACCUAUGAUGAGGGGGGUUGGGAUGCCCUCAUCCAUGUGUUGCAGACAGAGCCCCACACACUUUCCCCAGCCGACAGGGCAUCACUGCUCGAUGAUGCCUUCACGCUGGUCAAGGCCGGGACCAUCAAUGCAACAGUGGCGUUGAACCUGAGCCUCUACCUUAAGCGGGAGAGCCUGUACAUCCCUUGGCACACGGCACUAAAUCACCUCUUCAGCUGGGUACAACUGCUCUUCAACUACUCUGCACACACUCUUAUGCUUGAGUAUAUCCACACCCUUAUAUUACCACACUAUGAGAGGGUUGGAUGGAUGGACACAGGCACGCACAUUGAAAGGCUUUUGCGAUCUGAGAUUCUCAUGGCAGCAGUAGAAUGUGGUAAUAUACAAGCCAUUGAGGAAGCCCAGAAAAGAUUUGCUGCCUGGCGAAACAAGAAUGAGUCAAUUCCACCCAAUCUCCGCUCUGUUGUCUACAAAACAGGAGUCAGAUAUGGCACAGAGGAAGACUGGAGGCACUGUUGGCAGGUUUACAAUACAUCCUCGAUCCCCAGCGAGAAGAGCCUGAUGUUGAAGGCCAUGGCACAGACUCGUGACCCCUGGCUUAUGCAGCAAUACCUUGAGUACACUCUUGAUGGCUCCAAGAUCAGGCCACAGGACGUGAUGAUUGUCCUGAGUGAGGUCAGCCAAAACCCUGGUGGAAGGCUCUCGGCCUGGAGGAUGGUACGCCAGCACUGGACACAGAUUUCGCAGCUCUUCGGCCAUGGCUCCUUCACCAUUGGGGCAAUCAUUAAGGCUGUUACUUCUCCCUUCACUUCAGCUUUUGACUUGGGGGAGGUUGAAUCAUUCUUCAGCAAUGUGGAUGUGGGUCCUGGGGAGCGUGCACUUGCCCAGGCACUUGAGACCAUCAGACUGCACAUUCAGUGGCACGAACACAACCUGGAUGACGUGACACAGUGGCUUCACCAACAGCUGUCCCAGCCAGAAGGAAGAGAUGAAUAGGAUGCAAGAUCAAAAAACACCACUACUUCUCUCCUUCCUGUUACAAUCCAAAAAUGUGAGCAUUCAAGGGUGUUAUACCCUGUGGUGCUUUUGUGUAUACGUUAUGAGGAUUAUUGUGACUGAGUAUAUUAUUCAUAAAGUGUUUAUUUGAUUUGAUUGAUGCUGUGUAUAUAAUGUACUUGAUAUUCAAGGUACUUAAGAUUAUAUUUGCUUUCAGUGGAUCAAUGAUAUAUAAUAUUUUGUCAGAAGUA